AUGACUCUAGCAUCAAAAAAGAUCGAGAUGCAGAGCUGCGAGAAACAGAGGAGAUAUCGCGCUAGUCGACCAAAGGUGCGGUCGGGCUGUGUGGUAUGUAAGAGCAGACACAAAAAAUGCGACGAAGGACGUCCAUUCUGUUCGAUGUGCACUAGCACUGGUCGCCAAUGCGAAUAUCGUGAAACUCCUGACCGUCGAACUCGAGUCUCACGCAUUGUUCGUGUCUCUCAGGGUGAUUCCCACCAGAUGAGUCUCUUGCAAGUCAAAGGGUCUCCUGUUCCGUCUUCUCCGCUCGUCCCUGGAGGACUGGUGGACUUGACGUCUGAGGAACGGUGGUAUCUGACUUAUUUUCAAAAAGUCACAUCAUUGCAGUGCUCAUCUUACUUUUAUGACGAGUUUUGGGAAAGGUUAGUGCAUCAGGCCAGCGAGAUUCAACCUGCAGUCCGUCAUGCCGCCAUCGGCAUGGGAGCUCUCAACUGGCAAUUCACACAACUGCGCAUUGGUACGAAUUCAGGGCCUCUUGAUCGGAGAUUCUCUCUCCAGCAAUGCAAUAGGGCCAUCAACUAUCUCCAGAAGAACCUGGCCGAUGAUCAGAUGGGUCGCGCCAAAGUGGAGACUGCUUUGGUGACUUGUGUGGUUCUAGUGUGUGUGAUCCUUUUUCAGGAGGAACCCGAAACUGCUGGUCGACAUCUGCGAGCGGGCAAAAAUCUUUUAAAGCAGUAUUUACUCGAGAAUCCCUGUUCGACUUCAGUUAGUAGAGCUUUAAAACAAAGCUUUGCAGCGACUCAACUGGUUUAUACGACAUUCGCCAACAAAAGUCCAGACAAGGAAGAUCUAGAAUCCCCGUGGCUUGUCCCUCACGAACCACAAAAUAAUAGCGACAAUCUCCAGAAGUCAUAUGAUUUCUUAGUAACACUAUCCCGAAUGGUUGUGCAGAAGGACCCUCGCGGUUUUCGAGUGAUGUCAUCCGACCCGGAUCUCGAUUUGGAGCCAUUUGCAGUCAUGACUAAAUUGCGAGGAUGGAGCACCCAGCUCAGAGCGACUCUCACUGUUCAUAAAGAUCUGAUGGGCCAAAGAGAUGUAGACGCAUUGACCCUUCUCGAGCUAUGGGGUGAGGUUCUUUCCGUAUUAAUCGCAGUGAAUACGCGUGUCCAGCCACUGGAAAUGAAGUACGACAGCCUAUUGCUCCACUUCAAAAAGGUGGUCCAUUUAGCAGAGAUCUUAUUAGCACAUACUGGCCAUGGCUCCAAGCCAACUUUCCCAGUCAACACUGGGAUCGUCCCCGCUCUGUUCUUCUGUGUUUUCAAAUGUCGGGACUGGCUAGUCCGGCAACAAGCACUGGACCUAUUGCGCAAAUGGCAAUUUCAAGACGGGGUUUCUUCAAUCUCCCCGAUGGUCCUUGUGUUGCAACGCACCCUCGAGAUUGAGAUGCAGGGUCUCAUGCCCGAAGAUGUGAUCCCGGAAUCUUCGCGUAUAGAAUCCAUUAUUGUCGAGACGCCUCCCAAAAGGUCAGAGCUGAAGUUUUGGUAUCGGCUACCUCAAUAUACAGACGCGAACGGCCACAUUGACCAGUCAUGGCGCAGCGAGUGGCUUGCAUAUGCGCCCGGUCAACCAAAGACCACGCAUACUUGA